UGAACAUAGCUACAUGAAAUACCAACCUUAAAGUAUGAAACAUACAGUGUGAUGUGUGUUUGCAUUUUGUUGUAAUGGUUGUCAAAUUUCUUGUAUAUGCUAAAUUAAGAAAUAAAAGAUAUUAUCAAGAAAUAACACCUCAAAAGGUUAAUAAAGCUACUUUAAAAUUACAGUCGAGACCAUUAAAUAUUGUUAUUAUUACUAUUUAAUAAAAUUUAAGUUAGAAAGACUUACAGAGGAGAUUAACAAUACAGCAUGACAUUACCUGGGAUUGGAGUCUUUGGUACAGGAAGUAUUGUUAGAAUAAUUAUUCCCUUUCUAAGAGAGAAAGGCUUUAGAAUUGAAGCUAUAUGGGGACGUACACUGGCAGAAGUGUCAGAAGUUGCAACAGAUCUUGAAAUACCAUUUCAUACUAGUCGAAUUGAUGAUGUACUCCUCAGGAAGGAUGUUGAUUUGAUUUUUAUCAUGUGCUCUCCUAGCUUACAUGCACAAAUUGCGGUAAAAGCAUUAGGGAUAGGAAAACAUGUUGUGUGUGAUAAACCUGCUGGUUUAAGUCAAAGCGAAUCAUUAAAAAUGGUGCGAGCUGCACAAUAUUAUCCUUCUUUAAUAAGUAUUGUUAAUCAUAGUUUAAGAUUUUUACCAGCAUUUGUUCACAUGAAGAAAGCUUUAGAAGAAGGAUAUUUAAAUGGUCCUGUAAAUGUAAUAGAAGUUAGAGUACAUAUGGGCAGUUUAUUACACAAUGGAUACGAUUGGUUGUGUGAUGAUACAAUGGGAGGAGGAAUUUUAGCCUUAGUUGGAAGUCAUGUAAUCGAUCUAAUUUUUCAUUUAAUUGGUCAACGUGCUUCAAGAGUACAUGCUGUAGUCCGGACUUUCACGCAAACUACAAAACAUAUAAAUGGAAUUAGACACGUUACAUCACCAGAUUUCUGCAGUUUCCAAAUGGAAUUAAGUGGUGGCACAUUGGUAACAGCAACAUUGAGUAAUCAUUUACAAGGGCAGCUUUCUCAAGAAGUAUUAAUAUGUGGAGGUGGUAAUCAUCUUCUUGCACGUGGUGGAGAUUUGCAUGGUUGUCGUAAUGGACAAGAAGAAAUAUUGUAUCAUGAUACAGAUGAUUUACAAGAUAUAUCAUUUCCCAUUGCUGACUCUAUUCCAAGACCAUACAUCAAAGGAUUAAGAAAAAUGAUCACUGCACUAAGAGAAGCUUUCCAAUCUGUUGAAGAUAAAAAGGGUUGGAUAAAAGAACCAGUAUUUUCUGCAUCAUCUUUUGAAGAUGGUUUAUAUGUACAAGCAGUUAUUGAUGCACUAAGACAGAGUAAUAAACGAAGAGAAUGGGUAAAAGUUAAUAUUUUAACAGAAGAACCAGACCCAAAUCCUCUAUUAAGUGCAGCUGUUAGAGCUACAGCUAUAUCAAUAUAAAGUGGACAUUAUCUCAAAAUUCUAAAAUUAAGUGAAGACUUUUGACACUCAAAAAAUCAUAAGUUUACUUAUGAGUUAACUUAUUACUUUAUAAAUGUAUAGUAUUACUAUUUACAAGGCAGCUCGAAAAAUAAUUUAAACUAAAUUAUUGGACUAUAAAUUUUAAUUAAACAUCUUAUUUAGUACAAAAAUUUAAAAUAUAUUUUAUAGUGUAAAUAUGUGCAUGACUACAUAUGUACAGUAUAUUUUGAAAAUGUUAUAGUAUUGUUAGUACUUCAGUAGAGAUAUCUAACUUAUGAAUAAUAUUUAUUAAGAACUAUGUGUAAAUCAUAACAAUAUUUAUUUAUAUAUUAACGAAGAUAUUUAUAUUUGCAUAAUUAAGCAAUAUAGAGAAAUAAAUUUUACUGUAAAUAACA